CCACUGCAAUUAAUAAAUAAUAAACUAAAGAAGAAGAAGAAGAAGAAGAAGAAGAUCAUUAUAUUUAUAUCAGAAAUGAAGAUGAACAUGUUCCUUGUUGCUGUGGUGGCGGUGGCUUUUAUGGCCGCAGUACAAAAUGUGGCGGCGGUGCAUGAGGCGGCUCCCGCCCCCAGCCCCAUCUCCGACGCCACCACUUUCCUCCCAGCUGUCUUCGCUUCCGUUUCUGCAUUGGCCUUUGGAUUGCUUUUCUGAUCCAAUUACCUACCUACUAUUCAUAUUAUUAUUAUUAUUAAUAAUGCAUUAAUUCCAAAUGUCGUCUAACUCAAUCCACCUCGUUUUUCUGCUUCGGACGAUCGCCUAGCUCUUGUAUCGAUCUGUUCCGAUCCCCCAAGUUUCAUUUCCUGCUUUUAAAUCAUUUUUUUAUUUUUUAUUUCUGAUUCAUUCAAUCAAUUCAUAUAGUGACUAGUACUGUUGUUGUUUCUUUGAACAUAUAUGUAUUGAUAUGUUCCAAUUAUUUCCUUUAUAUAUACUAUAAUAAUAAUAAUACUCGAUUUCUG